UGCAGCUUUUUCCUCCCCGCUCAGCGCUCCUCUCUGCGGGCUUUCCUCUCGGAGCUCCAUCUCUCCUCCCGCUGUUGGCGCUCACUUUCCCCGUGUUUACAGAGAUGCUGGGACGCUAAGUACUUGUCUCUCUCUGUUCCCGGCUCUCAUGGCUCCGUUCCGGCCGCUCGGACAAUAGAAAGCCGCUUCUCCUCCUCGUCCUCCUCCAGCCGGGGGGGAGGAGGUCUGUGAGGGAUCCUGCCCGGGACUGCUGCUCUCUCCUCGGUCAGCAUGGCCGGACACGAGUGGGAAGACUGGUUCGAGCGGGAGGAAUUUAUCGGACAGAUCAGCGACAUGAGGGUGCAGAACCUGCAAGUUGAGCGAGAAGUCGUGCAGAAGAGGACCUUCACUCGAUGGAUGAACCUGCAUUUAGAAAAGUGUAACCCACCCAUCGAGGUCCAUGAUCUUUUCCGUGACAUCCAGGAUGGACACAUCCUCAUGGCGCUGCUGGAGGAGCUCUCUGGCUGCAAGCUGCUCCAUGGAUUCAAAAAGUCCUCCCAUCGGAUUUUCAGACUCAACAACAUCGCCAAGGUCCUGUCCUUUCUGGAGGAGAGAAACGUGAAGCUGGUCAGUAUUGAUGCGUCCGAUGUUGCUGAUGGAAACUCCUCCAUCAUCCUCGGACUCAUCUGGAACAUCAUCCUCUUCUUCCAGAUUAAGGAGCUGACUGGGAACAUCAGGAGCCAGUUCCCCUCCUCCUCUAGUCUGUCGUCCAUUCCCACCAGCUCUGACUCUGACGCUUCCUACUGCAGCACGCCGUCAGAAGAGAGACAGACAGCGUCCACAGCCAUGAGAGAACACAGCAAGGCCAUCAAGAAACUGCUGCAGUGGGUGCAGAAGCGAACACGCAAGUAUGGUGUGGCAGUGCAGGACUUUGGGAAGAGCUGGACAAGUGGUCUGGCCUUCCUGGCUGUCAUUAAGUCCAUUGACCCCAGCCUGGUUGACAUGAGGAAGGCAUUACUGAGGACUGCAAGAGAGAAUCUGGAGGACGCCUUCAGGAUAGCUCACUACAGCCUGGGCAUCCCACGCCUGCUGGAGCCUGAGGAUCUGACCAUCAACACACCAGACGAGCAGUCCAUCAUCAUUUAUGUGUCUCAGUUCUUGGAGCAUUUCCCUGGCAUAGAAGAGGAUGAGCAGUACCGGCUGAUUGAACGUAGUGUCUCCAUGUGCCGGCUCAACUACUCAGACUCAGACUACAUGAGAAAUGGCACUCACCGAGGCCGAGUGAGGGAGAGAUCCUACAUGUUUGAGAGGGACUCUGCCCAACCCCCACCUAAAAUCCUUAUCUCCUCCGUGUCAGAGGACAGGAGCACCAAGUCACCCUCCUUCAGGGUGUCUGCAGCUCGUUCAUGGUCCAGUGAGGACAUCUUAGCGGAUACAGAGGAUCUACCCAGGAGUGUGGUCAAAGAAGCUAAGGAACCGUCCAAUGAAGUCUUAUCCAACUCAACAUCCAAGCCCCAGCAGCUGAUCUACACUCAGUCACCCUCAAGCUUCUCAGUGCCUGAGUCUGUUAACACUGAGUCACUGAUCGGCGACUCGGCUAUCAGCUCACCAGACUCAUGGGUUGAGAGUGAAUUUGGGGUAACUCCAGAGAAGUUUUGUGAGAGCCGAAGUGAUAGCUCAUUGUGUGACAGUGGAACAGCCUGGGAUGUUUACCGUGCCACCCCAGUGGAGAUCAUCACCCUUGAUGAUGUCCCAUCAAACGAGGAGAAAACUCCUGAUGACCAGUCGAUUUCAGAGUCCUAUACUGAUGAAGGGAUUUACUCUCUUAGCUCAUUGGAGAGUACACAAGACAGAACCCAAGGGACGUCGGAGAACAAGCAAGAGGAGAAAGUGGACAACAAGGAGUCUAAUGUUGAAAAGCGGGACAUUGCGUUAGAACAAGUACAGGAUCAAGAUGAGAUUAAAAAAGACCUACAGAAAGAUCCAGAUCAGGAGAAAAAGCAAGAACAAUCUUCUGGACCUCAUCAUGGGGAAGAACGGGCCAACUUUGGUGGCAAAGAUCUCCUUGAAAAUGAUAAAACAAAUGCAUCCCCGCUUAUCUCUAUCACUGAACCACAAGACAGUUUAGAAGAACUCACCAAGCAAACCAGCGUUGAAGAGAGCCCUCAUGGGGAGCUAGAAUGUCACAAGAAAACUGUGCACUUUUCUGAGACUGCACAGGAAGUACUAAUAAAUGGUCCGACUGAAAGUGAGAAUGUAAGAAAUAAUGUGGAGGUGGAAACUGAAUGUCAGAGCUCUCCUUUGGAGGAGACAACACAGGAGUCAAAGGAGGAAUCAGGGAUUGAAGGAGUGGUUGAAGUAAAAGACAAAGGAAGGGAAGGAGUCCUGAAUGACUCUCUGAAUACUCAAGAAAGCACUAAAACAGAGACUGGUGACACAGCAAACAAAGAUGAAGCCUCUAAAACAAGCCUUGCCUCAGGCGUUAACAUUCCUGUGAUCUCUAUUUCAAGUGAGCCAGAGCAGCACAAAGACAAGGGAACAUCUGGCCAAGAAGGGCAAGAUCAUGUUGCGGAUGAUCUCCAUCAAGAGGAGAAACCUGGAAGUAGGGUUACAGUCAAAGAUGUCAAUAGCCCUCAAAACCCUGAAGAAUUGAGUCGAGACUCUAAUGACAACCAUGCUGAGAAGCCUGUUGAGGUUUCUUGCUCUCCUGAAUCAGAAAAUGCAACUUCAGAGCCAAUAAAAGGCCAAGAAAGUGGACCUUUGGAUGGAACUAAUGAACCUGGCAGCAUCAAGUCAACAAAUUCAGACAUAUGCACGCCAGACUCAGUAGAUAUCAAGAAUAAAAAUGAAGACAGACAAGACCUGGAACCUAUAAUCCAUGAAUCUCAGACAGGCAGCACUGACAAGGACCUGACAACUGAAACUUCUGAAGAUGCUAAAUCUCAACAUGUAAAUACCAAGGAAGAAGUGGGUUUAACUGGUCAAUUGGACAACCACCAGGACAAACUGGUUGACACUAUUUUGGACAGUGAGACAACCAUCAAACAGCAGAGUGCAGCAAAUUCAGUUGACUCAAAAUCGAAUGGUAAGACUGGGAUUUUAAGUGGUGAAACUGAUGGUACGUCCAGAGACUUGAUUCCAACAGACUUUGACCGAAACUCCCCCACCGAUGACCUUCUUGGUGACCCCAUCGAACCAAUGGAUUUGUUCUACCCGGAUAAAGAGGAGCCGAUGAUCACAGAGCCUCCAGACUCUGAAAUGGAGAGCUGGCCUUCUGUUUUGAGUGUGUCUCCUCUCCAGCCAGCGCCGGCGUCAGAGACUCUGCCUGACGACCAACCUCUUAUCCUGCUGGAUGAUGACUUCAGGAAUGAAGAGGUUACGGUCCAAGACAAUGAGAAGUCAAUCACUCAGACCGACCAGCAGACAAACAAAGCCUCCAAGUCCCAGGAUGCCUGCCUGCUGAAAACAGAAGAACUGUGGGGAAGAGACGCUGUAGCGGACCACAGCGAGGCCAAGGAACCGAGCUCAGACUCUUCCAGAGAAAACAUGGAGACCGUGAGGAUUGACUCUAAAAGCUCCAUCAGACAAGACGAGAUCCAGAUCCCUCCGGUCCUCCGUCACAGAAAGGGGGCUCGCCUCACGGAGUCCACGAACAAAAUGACGCCGGCAGGGAGAAACACAGACAACACGGACUCUGCUGUUUGGUGGAGCGAUGGCUGGGAGCUGUACCUGCUGCUGCUGCUGUGGCUGCUGCUCUACUGUUUCUGGAUGCUUCCACAGAUGGACCUGAAGUCACUGCCCAGCCUGCUGCUCAACCUCUGAACCAACAUGAACACACACAUUUACACACAGCUCCAUGCACACAAACAGAUACACACAGCUCUACUGCCACUUCUUCUCCUUGUUUUUCAUCCCACUGACUCAACUCCUGAUCAAGUGAAGGCAUUUAAAAAUGUGUAUUUUAAACUUUUAGACCUUUUAUAGGUUUUUGCUUUUAAGCUUUCCAUGUGGCUUAGAAAGAUCUGCAUGACGACGAGUCAGGGCCACUGGGACGAGAGGAAAUUUGAUGAAAAACCUGGUGACAUGUUGAGAGAAGGGAUUGAAAGCAAAUACAAUUUGUAUAGGAUAAAUAGUGUAUUUAAAAAGGAAAAGGGCUUUAUAUAUUGAGCAAAAAAUAAAAAAGUUUAAGGGCACUUUUACAAAAAAUCAAAGAAACGUUAUCAACAUGUAUUUGAAAUGACACUUUUUGACAAUCCACUUGAUUCAGUUGAUUUGAUUCAGUAACGAACACACUGGGAAUAUUUAACUGACAUUAGCCCUAUUCACAGUGCUGUUUAAAGAUACUUUGCCCCUGUGACAUUUUGUUUUUACUGUGAACAUCACAGCCAUACAAAGGAGGAUGAGAGGAGAGAGAGCACCACUGUGUGCAGGUCUGAAGCUCUUUGCACACUGACUGUAAUUUUCUGACUUUUCAGUCCAAAAAGAUGUUGGGCACUCAAACCAUACACACCAAGUUCAAUACAUUUUAAUUCAGUGAUAAUGAAGAGAAAAUGGAGUGGAGCCGAUUCUGUACUUCUUUCAUUCAUUGAUAAAACCACCUUCUGUCGUGACAGAGAUCUUCAUCAUUCAGCUCGCAUGUCAUAGUGCCAUGCCAAGUUAAAGAGAUGGAGAGCCACUUUAAUUUAGUCUCUGUUACAAAGCUGUGGCUGCAAACUUCAGCACACUAUCAUGGUUGAUGUCUACAUAACACAUGGGCAAAUCACAGUGUUUAAGGUGGAGAGGGGAGCAGCAGACACUCUUCUGAAUCAUCAAUCACCAGUUUAAAGGUCACAUAUUUUACUCCUUUAAGACAAGUUUAUAUUGGUUCCAGAGGUCCCCAAAACAUGCCUGUGAAGUUUGUUGUUGAAAAACACUCCAGUAUUGCAUUUUUGCAUGUUUAAAUGCAAUGUGUCUGUGGCUUUAAAUGUUAAUGAGCCGUCUGACUCCGCCCCUGACUCCACCCCCUCAGGAAAUGGAUGUGGCUCAAUAGAUGUGGCUUUCCGAAUCCUCCUCUCAGCUUGGAACUUUCUUCCAAGUAGGGAGGGCUAAUUGAACCUGGGGGCGGGGCUUACUCCCCACUUGACAUCAUGAGGGGAAAAUCUGCGAACAGCUUGUUUCAGCCAAGCGACAACCUCCGG